AGAGCAUGACACAAAGAGAGCGGGAGGAGCAGGCAUCCAUGGCAUCUGUGGAAACAUAAGAACACAUACAUGUUGGUGUGUUACAGUCGAACAGAAAAUGGAAUAGUUAAAUGAAGGAGAGCGUUCAAACCAGCCUCUAAACUGGAGAAUGAUGCCAUCCACACCCAGCAGAACCAAAUACAUGAUGAACUCUGCCAUCACCAGCUCCUAUGACACCCUGCAGCCUAUGUACGAAGACCUGGAUGCACCCAAGCCUGUUAUAACAGAUGAAAGCCAGCCGGAGGUUAAAGUCAAGCCUGUCCCUCGUCCCAGGACUAAAUUAAAAUUAAAUGCUCAGUGUAAUAAUAUCAACUCUGCAGAACAAACCAGCCGUCCACCAAGCUCACGCAGUAAUGAAUAUUCUGAAGACUAUAAGAGACCUCGCCCUGUUCGUCCACCUCCCUCACCACCGAAGAAGACGCACCAAACAUUUAGUAAACCUUCAGAAACUAUUGAUGGUCACUGCACGAGCUCAAAUACUGUGGAGACAUCCAAUAGUGAAACACCACAGUUUUCUACUCUUCCUCGGCCUGAACGCCCCCCUCUUCCCUCUGUAUAUUAUGGAGGAAAACUUUCUGUUUCUAGGCAAAAAUCUGAGACCUGUAAUAGUGAGGAUUACCAAAGAGCCAGUGAAUUCUCCACCUGCUCCAACCAACAAUCUCCCGUCCCACCUGGUCCAUAUGAAGAUCCAGAGAUGCUCAAUGGGACAAACCAUCAAACAGUCAAAGACACUGACAAACCUGCAGUUCCACCCCGUCCCCCUCAAACCAAGCCCGCCUACCUGUCCUCUGGCUCAUUGUUUAAAACCUUACCGUCACAGGCCAGACCUCCCCCUCCUCCAUUCAGUCCGCCACCCCCACCUUCAGAAGGCACUGAGCCGCUGUACACUGAAAUACAACUUCCUCCUUACCUGCAUGUUCUACCUGAGGAUGAUGAUAAGAUGUCGCAACGGAGCUCAACUCGUCAUUCCCAUUGUUGGUCAUCACAAAAACAGAAGAUGACAGGAGGCCCAGAGGAAAUCACAGAGAUGGUAAAAUGGCUGAAAAUUGUGUCGAGAUCUGAUAACAUGGCUCUAUCUGUGUACGGCGCCAGCAUUGAAGAGGAAAUAAGAUCCUUUAAUCAGACAGCCAUGAAUGUGAAGAAGGCCCUGCGUCUGUACAACCUCCUCAUGAUGAAGCGCUGUGAGUGUUUGCGGGCCCACAUCUCAGAGCUGACCUCCAUCGCCAACACACUAGACAAAGCGCAGAAGACGUCAAAAACCAUGAACAUUGCUGGAGGCACCACAGGUGCAGUCGGCGGGGGCAUUGCAGUGGUGGGCAUUGCCUUGGCUCCAGUGACCAUGGGGGCCUCGCUGAUUGCUACUGCUGUUGGGGCUGGUAUGGUGGCCUCUGCAGGCGGCAUGGGUGCCCAUGGUGCCAAGGCCAGAAAGAAGGCUGUCAAAAGGAGUACAGUGGAGAAAUUAGUAAAUGAAUACAAGGAAAGUGUUGUGGACAUGGAACAUUGUUUGAAUUUUAUCCUCUCCGGGAUGAACGAGCUUCGAAGGUACGACAUUGCCAGGUUACAGAGGGCAGGAGCCCAGCCUGAUGCAAUAAAGAUGGCACAUCUGUCACAGUCUGUGUUUGCCAGUAAUAUGAACAGUUUCAGGAAGAAUUCUGCUGCACACACAGGGGGAAUGUCAUCGGAAUGGUUGCUCAAGAAUUUUGCAAAGGAAAUGGAUCAGUAUUUUUCAGAAAAGGAUGGUGAGAAACUCAAGAAGUCACGCAAAAGCAAGUUUUCUGGUCGAGUGCGCCUGCUCGCUGAAAAUCUGCAGGAUGAAAUGGAGUACCUGAACCAUAUGUGGGAACUGUUUUGUUGAAUUAAAGAAACUGUGCGGUUGUCAUGUCUUAUGUAUGUGUAUGUGUGAGUGAGAGCUGCUUUUAUAAUGCAUUCUGUCUGGUGAUUACCUGAUGCCUUACAUUCCAGUUAUAUUUUAAUAAACACAUCAUAUUGUAAACUCCAA